GUAAAAGGGCAACAAUCUACGGGGUAAUAGUAACCCAGAAUUCUACGGCUAUAGCAUAUAGGGCUAGGAGGUGGGUAUACGAACAAACUGCGUGAAAUCGGAGCGAGAGGUUCGAAAAUGGCAGCAAGUAGUAGCAUGGAGGGUCUUAUGGAGGACCUUCUCAAUGUCGAGCUGGAGCUUCAAGAUGUUCAAGAUGAAAUAAAGAACUUGCUUGAUAAGCAAGAGAGGCUCUACGAGAAACAGUCAGAACUUAAGGCAGUGUUGGAAAGCUAUCAAGGAUCGGAAAAUAUUGAUAAAGACGAUGCAGCAGCUCCACCUCCACAACCAGAAAACUGGUCAGGGUCUUUUGAAUGGGAUAAUAGAGCUGAUGAUAUCAGAUUCAAUAUUUUUGGCAUUCCCACUUAUCGUGCAAAUCAGCGUGAGAUCAUUAACGCAAUCAUGAGUGGGAGAGAUGUUCUUGUGAUCAUGGCUGCUGGUGGAGGCAAAAGUCUAUGCUAUCAACUUCCAGCUGUUUUACAUCAUGGAAUUGCUCUUGUUGUUAGUCCUUUACUUUCUCUUAUUCAGGAUCAGGUCAUGGGGUUAACUGCAUUAGGGAUCCCAGCAUCUAUGCUAACCUCAACAACCAGUAAAGAACAUGAGAAAUUUAUAUACAAAGCUCUUGAAAAGGGAGAAGGGGACCUUAAAAUACUGUAUGUUACACCAGAAAAAGUUUCCAAAAGCAAAAGAUUUGUGUCAAAACUUGAAAAAUGUCACCAUGCUGGACGUCUUUCCUUGAUCUCAAUUGAUGAAGCACAUUGUUGUAGUCAAUGGGGACAUGACUUUCGUCCAGAUUACAAGAAUCUUGGGAUAUUGAAGACUCAAUUUCCCAAUGUUCCUGUUGUUGCUUUAACUGCAACAGCUACAAAGAAGGUCCAAUUGGAUCUUAUGGAGAUGCUAAACAUUCCAAAAUGUGUAAAAUUUGUUAGCACAGUGAACAGAUCAAAUCUGUUUUAUAUGGUUCGAGAAAAAUCAUCUGUUGGAAAAGUGGUGAUUGAUGACAUUGCUGAGUUCAUACAGAGUUCAUACACAAACAAUGAAUCUGGAAUUGUUUAUUGUUUCUCUCGAAAGGAGUGUGAACAGGUUGCAAAGGAAUUGCGUGAGAGAGGUGUUUCAGCUGACCAUUAUCAUGCAGAUAUGGAUGUAAAUGCCCGUGAAAAAGUUCACAUGAGGUGGAGUAAUAGCAAGUUGCAGGUCAUUGUUGGAACAGUGGCUUUUGGUAUGGGAAUCAAUAAACCAGAUGUCAGGUUUGUCAUACAUCACAGCUUAGGUAAAUCAAUGGAGACUUACUAUCAGGAAAGUGGUAGAGCAGGGAGGGAUGGGCUUCCUUCUGAAUGUUUACUUUACUUUAGGCCUGCUGAUGUCCCAAGACAGAGCUCCAUGGUCUUCUAUGAGAAUUGUGGGUUGCAGAAUCUAUAUGAAAUGGUGCGAUUUUGUCAGUCUAAAAGAGAAUGCAGACGAAGUGCUUUCUUCAGACAUUUUGCUGAGCCUCUUCAAGAAUGCAAUGGAAUGUGUGAUAACUGUGCCUUUUCUUGUGAGAUAAAGGAAAUCGAUGUGUCAGGUCAUGCAAAAGCUAUUGUAUCUUUACUACAAGAAAUACAAGAAAAGGAUCAGAGAGCAACAAUGUUGCAAUUGGUUGACAAGUUAAAGGUUAAAAACAAGGAAUUAGGGUUUGAGUUGAAGAAGGAUGAAUUAGAGCAACUUGUGAUUCAGCUUAUUCUCCACAGGGUAUUGAAAGAAGAAUUUUCGCAUACAGCUUAUGCCACUAAUGCUUACGUGGCAAUUGGACCACUUGCUAAGCAUGUUUUGCAUGGGAAGAAGAGUAUUAUGCUUGAGGUUAGUAGUGGACAGAGGAGUAGUGGCAUUGGAAUUGGUAAAUCCUCCAAACGUGGGAGAAACUCCGGAUUGGAAUCAGAGCUUGAUAACUUGCGAAAACAACUUGCUUCCAUGGAUGGAGGAAUAUUCCCUCAUUCUAUUUUGUCUACUCAGCAGAUCGGAAUGUUAUGUUCUCAGAAACCAGAAACAACAGAACAGUUGGAGAAGAUAAUUGGGAAGUUGAAGACACAAAAAUAUGGAGAUAAAAUCCUUGAAGUAAUUGGAAAACAUGAACCUAAUGAAUCACAAGGUCAAGAUUCAUCGAAUGAAGAAGAACAGGAAACAAGUGUAAAGAGAAGUGCAAAGAGGCCGAGAAAUAAAAAGGUGGUUGUCAUUGAAAGCAGUGGAGAUGAAAGUUAAAAAAAAAAA